AUGGAUUUCCAGUACAGAUUAAGCUGCUCGAGGGGAGCUACAGAGCAGUACCCUGCGAGCUAUAUAAGAACGUGCUCAGCACAAGAGCAAACAAUUUUUCAGGGGAAGGACUCCCAUGAAUCAGCCAUGGAUGUGAGUGAAGACAGCGUUUCAAGGAGGCUUGGGGCCACUAACAAAACAUGUUUGUAUUUCAUCAUCACCACCCUUGUUGCGUUACUCGUCUUUGCAUUAGCCACCAUCAUGGUCUUAGUCAUUCAGAAGACGGCAGCUGAUCCUGCUGUGGAGGGCAUUGCAAAACCAAUCAGGAAAGGGAACACCUCCGAAGACUAUUUAAGCAUCCUACAGAAUGUCGCGACCAAGGAAGCUGCUGCAUACGUGAGAGUGUCCAGACCUGUAAAUGGUUCAAAAGUGAGUUUGGUCGAGAAGGGUGUGUGUGAAGGCAUCCAUUGCAAGAGUGAAGAGCUGGUGAUAAGGAAACAAGGCCUCUACUUGAUCUACUGCCACUUGAACUUUCAUUUUCCUGACUGUUCCAACAGCCCCACCGACCUCAAGAUGGAAUUCCUGGUGAAUGACAAAGUCAGAAGGCAAACAUUAUCCACAUGGUGUGCAUCAGAAACCUGCCAAGAAAAGACUUUUAAGACCUUGUUCCAGCUCCACUUGACACACCUGAAUGUGAAGGACAGAGUAUCAGUGACACUGAAUCAGCCUAAAUUCCUAAAUGAAAUCUCUCUUCCCAAUGAAAAUGUCCUCGGGGUCUUGAAGUACAGUGAUGACAUGUGA